AAUUUCAAUUCGACUCUGUCUAUCUCACUCUCUCUCAAGCCGCCGUCGUCUCUCUUCCUCUCAGUCACCUCUCAAGUCAAGCUGCCUCACUGUAACUCCACAGCUUUCACUCUAAUUCUCUCCGCCUCCCUUUCGCGGCAGUCGUCACCUUCUCACUCUUUGCAUUCAGACCAGACCGAACCCAAGUGGAAGAGCUGACUCCAUGGCUGAUAAACUCGAAGGAUUUGAUACCAGAGCAGAAAAUGAAUACUGUGACGGAAUUAAAAGAGGCUUGGUUCAUAAGGAGAGUUUGGUGAGGAAGCAGUCGUUGCAUAUGCUCAAGACAGCACUGGGCAUAAAUGAGUCUGGCCAAGCUCAGUCCUUCUCCGGUGGUGUUUCGGAGGCUGAAAAUCAGUCUCGUGGUGACAGUGGCGGUAGCGGUGGUGGCAUGACAAAGAGGGAGCUUUGGGCUGAUAAGGAAGCCAAGUCAUUGGGUGUUGGGAAAAUGUGUAGCCCGGUUGAGUCUUUUCUGAACAGCCGGCAGAAGUGGGAGGCAUUUGUACUGCUGUAUGAAAUGCUAGAAGAGUAUGGCACUCAUUUGGUUGAAGCAGCUUGGAACUUCCAGAUAUCUCUGUUGCUUCAAUAUUCUACCACACAAAGUAAUGGUAUUGUGGCAAGCUCUGUCAGUGGAGAAGUACUUCAUCAAAACCUGAUCGAAAGCCCAGGUGAAAGCUUUAGUUGGUUAGCAAUUUUGUGGGAACGGGGUUUUCAUCACGAUAAUCCUCAAGUUAGAUGCUUGAUCAUGCAGUCAUUUUUGGGCAUUGAUUGGAAGAAUUAUGGAAAUCAUGCAAAAUCAGUGCCUAGAUCUUUUGUUCUGGGUCCACUGAUGGAAGGGCUAAAUGACCCUGUGCACCACAAAGAAUUUGGUGUAAAAGGACUAUACUCCUCAGCGACGAUUGAAGGUGCAGCUAGGUUUCUAUGCCAGUAUACAAGUUGCCUAAAUGCGAGGACGUGCAUUGCAUUUCUGAUCAAUCUAGCACGCACUGCUAAGGUGCAAUCAUUUGGUAGAGUUGGAUUAAUGUGUCUUGCUGAAUGCAUUUCUUCAGCUGCUUGUCAAGUUCGUACAGAUAAUAAUGAAAGUGAAGGACAGUGGCUUGAAGAUGUGAUUCCUGGCAUGAUCCAAGUGGAAAGUGUUCCCAAUGACAAAGUUGUUCUACUUGAUGCACUGAGAUUUCUUAUCGAGAGCAGCAAACAACAUUUCAAUCCUAAUUAUCGCCUUCGAGUUUGUGAGAAAAUCCUGGAGUCCGCUACCUCAGUGGUGUGUGCAUGUGAUCUCCCUCUUGACAUACUUAUGCACUUCAUUUCAACAUUUCCUUGGGAAUUUACCGACUUCGGUGGUUCCUUAAGAGUGAAAUUACAAGAAUGGCUUAUGGGGUGUAGUAAGAAGAAUUGUUAUGGCAACUGCUGCAGUACUGAGACGAAGCUUCUAAAGGGUCUCCAUGAAUUCCCCAGUAGUUUUACAGUUCAUUAUUCAGUUGAUAGUUCCAUCACUUUUGAUGAUGAAGACUUGGAAUCCUGGGAAUUUGAAGCGAAGCGGUGGGCACGAGUGCUUUUUCUUACAUGCCAGGAGGAAUAUCAAUUGAUACCUACACUGAUGUUUAUUCAAACUCAUGCUCUUGGUCUCUGCCAAGAAAACAACAAUUUGGAUCAAAUUCCUGUGAAGUUUCUCAUUGUCACUUUGAGCUUGGUGCGGGAGCUUCAGAUGAUGCAAGACAGAGUCGCUGAAUAUAGAUCUACAGUUAGAACCAAAUCAGAAUCUCGUGCGCUUGAAUUAAUGGAUCAAUUUGGUCAUCCAGAUGCUCUUAACUUAUACCAGAAGUUUACCAAUGUUUUUAUUGUUAUAAUGAAGGAGUUGGUGUCUUUGGCAAACUUGUCCUGUUCUAUAUUCUCACAUGCCAAUACCACUAAGAUGGCAGAUGCCAGCCUUCCUGGUUCAGUGAAAGGAAAACUUGGAGGCCCUAGUCAACGCCGUUUGUCAUCCUCUACCACCACUGCUGUGUUGCAAGCGAUAAUUUCCAUGAAGGCUCUUGCAACUAUCUCAUCAUGGUGUGCACAAUUUAUAGCUGAUGCAUCACUUGAUCUUGCUUUUAAUUUUAUGUGGGAAUUCUACUGGAAAACUGUUUCAUCUCCAGUUACUGAUUCAGAGACUGGGGCGGAAAUAAGUCUUGCAGCAUAUGAAGCAUUAGCUCCUGCUCUCACAGCACUAGUGUCUAUGUUUUCUCCUAAAUCGUUGGAUCUUGUCAAGAACAAUGGCAAUCUGUUUCUAUCAGAUGGAAAACCUCUGUUAGAUUCCUUGGUUCUUUCUUUUCUUCAGAACAUAAAUAAUCUCCUAGCAAUUGGAGUAUUUGUACGGACUCGACGUGCAGUUUUAAUGAAUUGGAAGUGGAUUUGCCUAGAAUCUCUACUGUCAAUUCCUUGCUAUGCUUUAAAAAAAGGGCUUCAUUUAGAGGACAAUACUUUUUUGCUCUCAGGUGAUACUCUCAGAUUGAUUUUUACUGAUCUUCUUGAGAGCCUAGAGAAUGCUGGAGAAAAUUCUGUUCUACCAAUGCUCAGAUCUGUCCGAUUAGUUUUGGGCCUAUUGUCCGAGGGAAAGUCUGGUUCACUUGUCUAUUCAUGUGAUGGGGUGGAUGCCCAGAUGAUGUGGCAGUUGGUUCAGUCUUCUUGGAUUUUGCAUGUCAGUUGUAACAAGAGGAAGGUUGCACCUAUUGCUGCACUUUUGUCUUCUGUUCUGCAUUCAUCCCUAUUUAGUGAUGAGAGCAUGCAUAUGAAUGACAAUGCACCUGGGCCUCUGAAGUGGUUUGUUGAGAAAAUUCUGGAGGAAGGCACAAAAAGUCCCCGCACAAUUCGUCUUGCUGCAUUACACUUAACGGGCCUCUUUCUAUCAUAUCCUAGGAUUAUAAAGUACUAUGUGAAGGAGUUGAAGCUGCUGUCACUACAUGGUUCUGUUGCAUUCGAUGAGGACUUUGAAGGUGAAUUAGCUGACAAUCAUGAUACAAGGACUGAAGUUUCUUUAUUGGCGAAAGGCCCUGAUCCUGAGCUUACCAAAGAAUUUAUCAACACAGAAUUGUAUGCACGUGCCUCUGUUGCUGUUCUGUUUUACAAGCUAGCAGACUUGUCUGAUAUGGUGGGAUCACCAAAUGAAAAUGAAGAUUGCCAUGCAGCUUUGGAAUCUGGAAAAAUAUUUUUGCUUGAGCUUCUAGAUUCUGCGGUAAACGACAAGGAUCUUUCGAAAGAGCUGUAUAAGAAAUACAGUGCAAUCCACAGGCGUAAGGUACGUGCGUGGCAAAUGAUAUGUAUUUUGUCACGUUUCAUAUGUCAAGAUAUAGUUUCUGAAGUUUCACGUUGCCUGCACAUAUGCCUUUAUAUGAACAAUUUACCUGCAGUUCGUCAAUACUUGGAAACAUUCGCAAUUAAUAUGUACUUGAAGUUCCCAUCAUUGGUUGGGGAGCAACUAGUCCCUGUAUUAAGAGAUUAUGAGAUGAGGCCUCAGGCGCUCUCUUCAUAUGUAUUUAUAGCAGCCAAUGUCAUCCUCCAUGCAUCUCAAGCUGUUCAAGACAAGCAUUUGAAUGAAUUACUUCCUCCUAUAUUUCCACUACUAACAUCCCAUCACCACAGUUUGCGUGGUUUCGCCCAGUUAUUGGUUUACCAAGUUCUCUGCAAAUUGUUUCCUCCAUUGGACUCUAGGGCCUCUGGAACUAUGACUUUAGAGAAGAGGUGUUUUGAGGAUUUGAAAUCCUACCUGGCAAAGAACUAUGAUUGUGUGCGCCUACGAGCAUCAAUGGGAGGAUUUCUUGAUGCCUACAGUCCCAGUAGCUCUGUCACUCCUGCUGGGAUUUUCAUCAACCGGGUUGAGGCACUCGAGUUUGAAUGUGUACCAGUGUCACUUACGGAGCAAGUGCUCAACUUUUUAAAUGAUGUCAGGGAAGAUCUUCGGAGUUCAAUGGCAAAAGAUGCUGCGGCUAUUAAGAAUGAAAGCUUAAGAUCUGAUGAAGAUCAAAAUUGCAUAGCAAUACCAUCUAAUGCAAAUGAAGGAAACUCACAUACCCAGCAGCCCAAAGAUAUUUCACUGGAUUUUCAAAAAAAGAUUACCCUCUCUAAACAUGAGAAGCAUGAUAUAGCCGUAAAUUCCUUCUUUGGCAACCAAGACACUUACAAACCACUUGAAGAAAUGGAGAAGGAAGAUAAGCUUCUUGCUCAGGUGCUGCAGUCUAGAAGUCAGGCAAUGGAAAGAGAGAGAGCAAGCAGACAACAACUCAUUCUUGUGGCAUCUCUUCUUGAUCGCAUACCUAACCUUGCUGGCCUGGCACGGACUUGUGAGGUGUUUAAGGUGUCGGGUUUGGCUGUUGCGGAUGCAAACGUAGUACAUGACAAACAGUUCCAGCUCAUCAGUGUGACUGCAGAAAAGUGGGUUCCUAUCAUUGAAGUCCCAGUGGAUAGUUUGAAGGUCUUCCUUGAGAGAAAGAAACGAGAAGGCUUUUCAAUUUUGGGACUGGAGCAAACUGCAAAUAGUGUACCGCUUGACCAGUAUAGCUUUCCUAAAAAGACGGUACUAGUCCUUGGGCGUGAAAAGGAAGGUAUACCGGUGGAUAUCAUUCAUAUUCUGGAUGCUUGCAUUGAGAUUCCACAGUUGGGAGUUGUUAGAUCUUUAAAUGUUCAUGUCAGCGGUGCCAUUGCGCUGUGGGAGUAUACUCGACAGCAGAGAUCAUCCCAGUAGGCAUCUCACGUGCUCUGUUGGCUUGGUUAUAUACAAGUAACGUUCUCAACCCAAGACACGGGCAGUUCUGAACAGCCAAUUUUGCAACAUGGAACUCAGAGGCUGUUGUACCAUUAACUGAAAUAUGCUAGAUGUAAUCUUCAAACGUCACUUUUCACUUUGAUUAAGAUGUGUGCCUGCCUUCCCAGGUUUUUAGCUCUCGGGAAUCGAAAAUUCCUAACGAGCACCAAUAGAACCUUUCUUACCUUUAAAACUUGAAAAUAUUUCAUGAGCUAUUAAUAUAUUAUCUUGAAGGCACCUUGGUUGCUCGAGAUACACAAGUCCAGUAAAGGCUUUAGCCUUUUGAUUAUAAUUUUUGUAAUAAUUUUGUAGCUAACAUUGCAAAGACUUAUCGGUUUAUAGUGGUUUACGACUUCUGGAGUUUCCACUUUAGUUAUUAAUGUAAUAUUUGUAUGGUUAAUUA